AUGUGGAUGCUGAUGGACUAUUGUGACGAUUCUCACUGGGAGGGAUUAGGGAAAAGCAGGAGGAAGAAAAAGCUCCCCCGUACCUACCCCAUACCAUCCCGUACGGAAGCAAAAAUAUCUGCUCUCCCACUAUUCAACCGACACCGCCCAAAUACACGCACGCAGCCAAUCAUCCUAGAACUAGAAAAUCUAAGGCAAUGUCUUGAAUGCAAUAAGAGAGCUGGAGAGGAGUUGGUUCAUAUUGGUGUAGAGAUGAACUGGAUAGGAUGGAGAAGAAACUGGGAGUGGGAGCGAUGCGGGAAAGGAGCAAGGAAGGAGGAAGGUGGGUGGGUAGCCGCGGACAUCGACUAUCGGACAUGGCUCUAUUGUAUCAAAAGUCCCCAGCUUCACUGCAGAAUAUCUAUAUUUCUGUUCUAUUUAGAUUUUGCUAUGACCUCUUGCAUGUUGCUAAUCAUAUGGAUCACUCUAUGGUAUCAACCCCUGAAGUAUGCACAAAUCCCCUUGCUGACGCCACGAAACAUUCCAAGGCCAUCAGGCAACCAAGCAAGCACCAAGACUAUUACAUAG